AUGGCUUCCCCAGAACCAAAGGGCCUUGUCCCCUUCACCAGAGAGUCUCUUGAACUUAUGAAACAGCAUAUUGCUAAAAAGCACAGUGAGAACCAAAGAGAUUUAAAGCCCAACACUGACUUGGAAGUUGGAAAAGAGCUUCCAUUUGUUUAUGGGAAUCUCCCUCGAGGAAUGCUGUUGGAGCCUUUGGAAGAUGCAGACCCAUACUAUAAGAAUAAAAAUACUUUCAUGGUAUUAAAUAAAAGUAGAACAAUCUUCAGAUUCAAUGCCACGUGGUGUACAUUUUCUCCUUUCAGUUCAACUAGAAGAACAGCUAUUAAGAUUUUGGUACAUCCCUUUUUCCGACUAUUCAUUUUAAUUAGUGUCUUGACUGACUGCAUAUUUAUGUCCGUGACUGAGAUACCAAAAUGGGGCCCAAUAUUACAGAAUACUUUGCUUGGAAUUUACACAUUUGAAAUACUUAUAAAACUCAUUGCAAGAGGCAUCUGGGUAGAACCUUUUUAUUUCUUUGGUGAUCCAUGGAACUGGCUCGAUUUCAGUGUAACUUUGUUUGAGCACAUAACAAGAUACUUAGCUCUCAACUCCAUUACAAUAUUUAGAAUUUCAAGAAAUUUGAGAAUUUUGAAAAUUAUUCCCCUAAACCAAGGUCUGAAGUCUUUCGUAGGGAUCCUCAUCCACUGCUUGAAGAAACUUACUGGUGUCAUUUCCCUAACUCUGUUUUUUCUGAGUGUAUUUUCCCUAAUUGGGAUGGGGCUCUUCAUGGGCAACCUGAAGCAUAAAUGUUUGCGAUGGCCCCAGGAAAAUGAAACUGCAACCCUCCACAACAGAACUGAAAAUCCAUAUUAUAUCCGAGAAACAGAAAACUUUUAUUAUUUGGAAGGAGAAAGAUAUGCUCUUCUUUGUGGUAACAGAACAGAUGCUGGUCAGUGUCCUGAAGGAUAUGUGUGUGUGAAAGCUGGCACAAAUCCUGAUUAUGGCUUCACAAAUUUUGACACUUUUGGCUGGGCCUUACUUGCCCUGUUUCGGUUAAUGACACAGGAUUACCCUGAAGCACUUUAUCAUCAGAUCCUUUAUGCUUCUGGGAAGGUCUACAUGAUAUUUUUUGUUGUGAUAAGCUUUUGGUUUGCUUUUUACAUAGCAAGUUUGUUCUUGGGCAUACUUGCUAUGUCCUAUGAAGAAGAAAAGCAGAAAGCUGCUGAAAAAGCUAAGAAGAUUGAGCUAAAAUAUCAGCAGACUUUGAAAGCACUUCAAGAAGGAGACGAAGCAGCCGAGACCAAGACCACACAAAUAGAAAUGAAGAAAAGAUCACCAACUUCUAUGAUCUCUUCUUUGAAUAUGUUGGAUGAUGCUACGGCUGCUAUCAGACAUGAGGAAGAACCUAAAAAAUCCAGGAAGAGAUGCCCAUUGUGUUGGUAUAGAUUUGCUAAAACUUUCUUGAUCUGGAAUUGUUCUCCCUGUUGGUUAAAAUUGAAAGAGUUUAUCCAUAUGAUUAUAAUGGACCCAUUUACCGAUCUUGUCCUUACUGUAUGCAUAAUUCUAAACAUAUGUUUUUUGGCCUUGGAAUGUUAUCCAAUGAGUGAAGAAACCAACAAUAUUCUCAGCAUUGGAAACCUGAUUUUUAUUGGAAUUUUCACAGCAGAAACGAUUUUGAAAAUAACUGCAAUGCAUCCAUAUGGGUAUUUUCAAGUAGGUUGGAACAUUUUUGAUAGCCUGAUUGUGUUCCAUGGUUUAGCAGAGCUUUAUCUAGCAAAUAUUCACGGGAUGGCUCUUUUUCGAACAUUCAGGGUGUUGAGAAUUUUCAAGUUGGCAAAAUACUGGCUGACAUUUAAGAUUCUGAUGCAGAUUCUUAAUAACUCCUUGGUGGCCCUGAAAGACUUGGUCCUGCUGUUGUUCAUGUUCACAUUCUUUUCUGCUGUUGUUGGCCUGACGCUGUUUGGUAUGAGUUAUGAAGUAUGUGUCUGCAACAUAGACAAAGACUGUCGACUCCCACGCUGGCACAUGCAUGACUUCUUCCACUCCUACCUGAAUGUGUUCCGGAUUCUCUGUGGAGAGUGGAUAGAGACUUUGUGGGAUUGCUUUAAGGUAGCAGGCCAAUUUGGUUGUAUUCCUUUUUACAUGAUGGUCAUUUUAAUUGGAAACUUAUUGAUAAUUUACCUGUUCCUGGCAUUGGUGAGCUCAUUUAGUUCAUACAAGGCUACAACAACUGAAGAGGACGAUGAAGCAAAAAAUCUCCAGCGUGCAGUGGCAAAGAUUCAGAAAGGAAUAAACUACGUGCUUUCUAAAAUGUUAUGCAAAAACCAAAAUGUUUCAAAGGACACAAUGGACGAUGUAAAUGCUGUAUAUGUUAAAGAGACUAUUUCUGACCAUACCCUUUCUGAAUUAAGCAACACUCAAGAUUUCCUCAAGGAUAAGGAAAAAAGCAGUGGCACAGAGAAAAACACAAUGACUGAAAAUGAGAGUCAAUCACUUAUCCCCAGUCCUAGUGCCUCAGAAACUGUACCAAUUGCUUCAGGAGAAUCUGAUAUAGAAAAUCUGGAUAAUAAGGAGGUUCAAAGCAAGUCAGGUGAUGGGAGCAGUAAAGAGAAGGUAAAGCAAUCUAGCUCGUCUGAAUGCAGUACAGUUGACAUUGCUAUCUCUGAAGAAGAAGAAAUGGCUUAUGAAUGUGAGAAGCCAAAGCAUCUGAAAAACGAUUAUAGACAAAGAUCUUCAUCUGGCCAACUUAGUAGAGAAUCCAAGAAAAGAAAAAUUUGGCAGAACAUAAGGAAAACCUGCUGCAAGAUAGUGGAAAACAGUUGUUUUAAGUGUUUCAUUGGCCUUAUCACUCUGCUCAGCACAGGUGCUCUGGCUUUUGAGGAUAUAUAUAUUGACCAGAGAAAGACUAUUAAAAUCUUAUUAGAAUAUGCUGACAUGAUCUUCACUUACAUCUUCAUUCUGGAAAUGCUUCUAAAGUGGAUGGCAUAUGGUUUUAAAGCCUAUUUCACUAAUGGCUGGUACAAGCUAGACUUCAUGGUUGUUAUUGUGUUUUGUCUUAGCUUAAUUGGCAAAUCUCGGGAGGAAUUAAAACCACUUAUUUCCAUUAAAUUCAUUCGGGCACUCAGAGUUCUAUCUCAAUUUGAAAGAAUGAAGGUGGUUGUGAGAGCUUUGAUAAAAACAACUUUACCUGCUUUGAAUGUGUUUCUGGUCUGCUUUAUGAUCUGGCUGGCUUUUAGCAUCAUGGGAGUACACUUAUUUGCUGGCAAGUUCUAUGAAUGCAUUGACCCAACAAGUGGAGAAAGGUUUCCUAUAUCCAAAGUCAUGAAUAAGAGUCAGUGUGAAAGCCUUAUGUUUAAUGAAUCCAUGCCAUGGGAGAAUGCAAUACUGAACUUUGAUAAUGUUGGAAAUGGGUUCCUUUCAUUGCUUCAAGUAGCAACAUUUAAUGGAUGGAUCACUAUUAUGAAUUCAGCAGUUGAUUCUAUUGGUGUAAAUAGGCAACCUAAUUUUGAAGACAACAUCUACAUGUAUUGUUACUUUAUCAACUUUAUUAUUAUCGGAUUAUUUCUUCCUUUGAGUAUGCUGAUCGGUGUUAUUAUUGCUAAUUUCAACAAGUAUAAAAUAAAGCAGGGAGGCUCAAAUAUCUUUAUAACAGUCAAACAGAAGAAACAAUCCCGUGCACUGAGGAGGCUGUUGUGUGAGGACUAUCAAAAAACAAUCCAUCGCCCAGGAAACAAAUUCCAAGGAUUCAUCUUUGACUUGGUAACAAAUGAAGUUUUUAAUGCCAUCAUUAUAGCUCUUAUCUGUUUUCAAGCAAUAACCAUUAUGAUACAAAGUGAUGAACAGAGUCAAAAUAUGGACAUUGCUCUCUGCUGGAUUAACUUAAUUCUUAUUAUACUAUACACUGGAGAAUGUAUACUGAAGCUCAUCGCUUUCCAUUGCAACUAUUUCACCAUCGGAUGGAACAUUUUUGAUUUUAUGGUGGUCAUUUUCUCUGUUACAGAACUAUUUCUACCUAUGACGAUAGGAUACUACCUUGUGCCUCCUUCCAUUAUGGAACUGAUACGACUCUCACGGAUUAUCCACAUCCUGCGUCCUGGGAAAGGACCAAAGGUAUUCCGUGAUCUACUGCUCCCUUUGAUGUUGUCUCUCCCAGCAUUAUUGAACAUCAGUCUUCUCAUCUUCCUGGUCAUGUUUGUCUAUGCCAUCUUUGGAAUGUACAAUUUUGCCUAUGUUAAAAAGGAAGCUGGAAUUAAUGAUGUGUCCAACUUUGAAACCUUUGGUAGCAGUAUGCUCUGUCUUUUCCAAGUUACAAUAUUUGCUGGCUGGGAUGGGAUGCUCAAUGCAAUUUUCAACAGUAAAUGGUCUGACUGUGAUCCUGAUAAAAUUAACCCUGGGACUCAGGUUAGAGGAGAUUGUGGUAACCCCGUUGUUGGGAUUAUUUAUUUUGUCAGUUACAUACUCAUAUCAUGGCUGAUCAUAGUAAACAUGUACAUUGUUGUUGUCAUGGAAUUUUUAAAUAUUGCUUCUAAAAAAAAUGGCAAGACAUUAAGUAAAGAUGAUUUUAGGAGAUUUUUUCAGGUAUGGAAGCGGUUUGAUCCUGAUAGGACACAGUAUAUAGACUCUAGCAAGCUUUCAGAUUUUGCAGCUGCUCUUGACCCUCCUCUGUUUAUGGCAAAACCAAACAAGGGCCAGCUCAUUGCCAUGGAUCUUCCCAUGGCUGCUGGAGACAGAAUUCAUUGCCUUGACAUCUUACUUGCUUUAACAAAGAGAGUUAUGGGUAAAGAUUUGAGGAUGGAGAAAAUGAUUUCAGAGAUGGAAUCAGGGUUUGUAUCAGCCAACCCUUUUAGGAUCACAUAUGAGCCAAUUACAACUACCCUGAAACGAAAACAAGAGGCAAUCUCAGCAACCAUAAUUCAACGUGCUUAUAAAAGUUACCGCUUGAGGCAAAACGACAAAAAUGCAUCAGAUAUUCGUAUGAUAGAUGAUGACAAGGAAGUUCAAGCUACUGCAGGAAAUGCCUAUUUUGACAAAGCUGAGGAAAAGUCAAUUAUUCAAGGCCAAAUCUAAUCCCACUUACCACCUUUUCACCUUCUAAAAAUGUUAGAAGUUUGAAUCAGAAACAAAAAGAUCAAAGAAGUAAAGAUUUUACUUACUCACCAGUUGUCUACAAUCCAUGGAAGUUAAGCUUGUGUUCACAAGACUCCAUGUCAAGUUUACUUUUUACCGUUGUAUAUUCAGUCUAACCAAGACAACCCCUUAAAAUCACUUUCGUGAGUUAAAAUGCCUUAAAAUUGCCAUUUGAUAAUCCAAAUGGCUUGUUUUCUCUAUCUGGCUUUUAUGGGGUGUGCUUCUCCUAGAGGAUUGGGGAGGUGAUAGUAGAAACUAGUAGCAAAAGGGGCUUCCUCAUAUAUUUUAUGUCUACUUUAUGGGAUUCAAGGACUUAGUUACAAAUAAGCAAGUACAGUAAGUACUUUCUUAAGGUGGGAUAGUGUUAAAAAAUACAGUGCUACAGGCCAUUAAAUCAUUAACUUGCCUAGACAGAUGCCAACUGGGGGAAGAGAAAAAGGCAGUUCUUAGAAAGUUCCUUUGAGAUCAACCACAGAUCCUCUUGGGCUGAUCCAAACCAUGUUUGUUUGACUGGAGCCUUGGUUUUGGUUUUUGUUUUCUUUUAUUUUUUUACUGAGGAUUAAUAUUAUUUGAUUGGUUUUGGAUUCCUGGUUUUUCAUCUCUUUGGCUAGUUCUACCUAAGCUCUAGCUCUUCAACAUAAUGGAUUCAGAGAAUAAGAAGCACAAAGAGACCUAGAAUUAUGGCCUAUAUUUUCCUCAUUUAUACUUUUU